UACAGUAUUCAGUAGCUAACCACUCGAACCACUUUCGAGAUCUCCAAUCGCAAAAUGUCUGCCAUGAAAUUUUUGGUUCUCUUCGCUUGUUUGAUCGCCGCUUGCUCGGCCGGAGUGUUGCACGCGGUACCAGCGGCUUACGCAGCGGCACCCGUUCCUGCGGCUCUGACUGUCGGGACUUAUGCAUCCAGCUACAACGCGCACGCGAUUAACCACGCGAUCGCUGCACCCUACAUCGCCAGCCCCGUGGUCGCCCACGCUGCUGCACCGCUCGCAUACACCAACCUCCCAGCCGCGACUUACUUCGCUGGCAGACGUUGAAAACUGUACCUGCUCGAGUUACCAUUCGAGGACGAAUCGCGAAACAUCCGGUUGCGUUCGAACCAACCACCGUCCAGCCACCAAACAACUGCCCAACAUUCGAUACCAUCAUUGUUCACCACCGUGCAGAUCAUGGACACCAAACUGGAAUUAGAUCAAACUAACGAUGCUUCUGGAUGUUUCCCUCUCUGUCCUCUUUGAAUUUCCGCCCCUAAUUAAUAAUCAACAUUUUCUGAUC